CUCGUGUUUUGCUGAGUGCUUGGUGUGUGCAUGAGGGAGUGAGAAAGAAAACGUGGUCACGGAGAAGCCUAGCAUUUUAGCUAGUUUUGCGGAUGUGAAUGUGUGAAUGAAGUGUUAUACAGCCUCCAAAAUUUAGUAUUAUUUAUUUUUGUAUGUAGUCAAGUUUGCCAAAAAACGGACAAGGUAAAUAAUUCUAGAAAGUAACGUUAACAUGAUAAUGAACUGCUGCUAACAUAUACAGUUACAUUUUCCAUGUUAAAUUCGAGCUAAACUGUUUUAUUCUUUUGCUUUAAGCUGCAAAAACAGUAUUUGAUAAAGGCAGCUGGCUGAAUUAGUGAUUGGGAGACUAGUGUUGAAAAUGUCCUUGAGGAGUCAGACUCAGAAGACCACCAGUAAGGCAAUUCCCACCACCAGACGAGUCACAAUCAACGAUGCGGCCCAUAUGCCUCAUGAUUACUCUACAACACCCGGAGGGACCCUUUUUAGCACGACUCCUGGAGGCACCCGGAUCAUCUAUGACCGAAAGUUCCUACUGGACUGUCGCAGCUCCCCGUUGGCCCGCACACCGCCCUGCUGCCUCCCUGACAUUCCGGGGGUGACAAGUCCUCCUUCGGUCACCAUGAAUAAUGACAAGGCCCACUCCAAACAGACUGUCAAUAAUAACAGCAUCAGCCCCCCAGCGGACAAGAGCGCAGGGGAUGAUGCCCAGUUUGAAAUGGAUAUCUAACUACAAUAGAAGACCUGCUACACGAAGGAGGCAACAACUGCAACAAAUAUUGCUAUGAUGACAACUGUUCCCUGAGAGGAUAAAUGCAAAGAAGACUUCUCCUUUCAUGUCAUCUGUCUUUUUCUCUUUCAUUUAUCUACUGUGUAAAUAUUUUAUUUUCCUUCACUGAUGCUGUCAUUCAAGACUCGCACAAAGCCAUUACUUUAGAUCCUCGACAUCAGCUACCACUGUUGUGCCUGAAAGAGACACUAUCUCAGAUAGUGCAUCCCAUGCACAUCGAUGCAGCUCUUCUUCUGUCUUAGACAUGGAAGACAUCUCACAGGCCACCAUGUGACACUGUUUGUUUGCUACAGAUUUGUGUAGUUUUACAGAAUGGUCAGUAGAGGGAGGGACAGUUCUCUGAUAUUCUCAUCAAGAGUCAUAUGGAGGAAAUCCAGAUGUCAACUCCUAGAAAUUUAGCAAACCACAAUCAAUCGAAUUUGACCAGUUUCCAUUUGGCAUUGAUACUUUUGAAAUGUAAAAUCUAAUUUCUGUUUAUCCUGAUGUGUAUGUUCACCUAAAGUGUCAUCCAACAGAAUGUAAAAUGCCGCCUUUUUCUUUU